AUGAGUGCCAUAUUCUGGCAAGCCUCCAAGAGACUUGGCCCAUCCUCCAUUCCGGACCCCAGUGUCCUUGGAGGCUCUGCUAAUUAUUUCAAUUUUACUUUUUCAUUUACUUCAACACAGCAAAUUGUUAUCACCAUUCUCUGCAAGGACAAUAAGAACAAUACCAAUAUCAGCUUCUUUCGUUCCCUCUCAGACUCUUUUGUUACUCCUCAGUCUUGUUCCAACAUUUCAUUCCUCUGGCUCGUUUCUUUUGCGAUCUUUCAUACUGGACCAAUAAAACGCGGCCAAUUACCAGUUCGAACGAAGCCAAUAGAGAACUUCAAAGAAAUGGGAACUCUUGCUAUUUUCAUGAACUGGACUCUGUCACACAACAAUCAGGUUGCCAACUGCUUAAAUAACCUUGCAAUCCACCUGCACCGGAAUCAAUUGCCUAUAUCGUCAAGAGAUUCAUUGGAAAUGGGACGCCAAAUCAUCUCGAUUACGACGACGCAGACAUGGAUCUUAUCCAAGACUUUGCAAACUAUUGAUACGAAUCAUACAGGGUUGCCUCGCCUCCAAUACAGGUCCGAAUGGACGGGAGAGAAUGAUGCCCACUGCGUACCUGAUGCGAAGAAAGGAGAUACCUACCCUCAAUUUGAAUUUAAUUCUGCCGUAACUCGGGAUAAUCUUAUCCAUGAAGUAGAUACUGACUUCGCUGCGAUCAACGAAUUCUUGGCAUAUGAGCAACUCACUACAAUAUAUCCAAUUUACUCUCUCCAGGCGAAUCUGAGGAGCACCAGAGUCGCUAUUCUCAAAUACGGGGUCCACAAGAUUCACGAAGUGGUUAGAUACAACGAGCAAACAUUCGACUUCAGUCACUGGAUCGCAACGGUAAGAGGCUACGGCUCGGAUAUUUUAGUGACCAAUGACCCCGUCGUCGUUUCUACCACCGAAGCUGAUCUCCUCGUGAACCCUUGGUUGGAUUACUACCAAAUGAGACAAGAAAGAAACCCUGGUCUCCACCUCCCCCGGUGUAGCGUAAAAUCCACCGUGCCGAACGUACUUAGGCCGAUCAACGUCUUAAACCUUCCUCCAAAUACUCAGGGGUUGGUUACCUCUUUAGUCGGUUGUCUUAUCCAGCGGAGGCCGGAGCUAUUCUCCCCUGAUCUAUUUUGGAUAUCGAGGGCUCUUCGGUUUUCGCCUUCUUUACCAGCGUUGUCGGUCUUUGGUCAGAAGAGGACCCGUACCUCUCCAUAUUAG